GAAUUACUUAAAUAGUUGGCAAUUACUUACAAAUCUUAAAUAGUCUAAAUAACUAAUCAAUACCUUUCUUCUUAUUCCUCAUCAUUUGACCUUUAUGCAGUGGGUAAUACUAAGCAACCUCUCGAUGAUUUUUGGGAGUGCUUUCUCUAUGGACAAUUGAACAAGAAUUCAAGUGCAAUUAUGGCACAACCAGAGGCUCCUGUUCCACAAGCUACACUGGUAGCAAAUACUUCAAUGACAAAUGAAGAUAGGGCUAUUAAAAGAGCAAGAGAUCAGGCUUAUCGGGAACGGCUGAAGAAACGCAAGACAGAAAUGGAGGGUAACAUGGAGGCACUUACUCAAGAGAACAAGGCAUUAAAGGUUGAAAAUGGAGCAUUAAAAGCGGAAAACACACGUCUGAACCAAGCUUCUCAAUCUCAGGGAGAGGGGAUGGAUAAACUUAAACAUGAUUUCAACCAAUUGAAGCAUGAGUAUAACAAGCAAACUGUACUUGUGCAGACACUCUCAGGUGUUCUGGCUGGUUCUGCUCCCAGUCCCAGAGAUGAAGAAGUUCAGAAGCUGAAAAAUGAAAUUGAUUUGUUCAGGCAGGGAAUGGGUAUGGACAGUCCGUGCUUGGAACUUAUGAAAGAGACUGCCAAGCUGAAGCACGAACUUGAGAAGGUGAAGCACGAAAAGAGGGCACUGAAGGUGCAGCUUGAUGCUCUAUGUGAGAAGAUCAUUGCGGAGAAUCCAUCUCCGUAGCCAAGUUCAUGGUUUAAUUUAGGAAGACAGCCAGCAGAAUAAUGCUUAUAUGUGUUAUGAAGGGGUCGUGCUAUGCUAAUAAUUCUGUAAUGUUUUUUUGCUUGGGAAAGGUAAUAGUACCAUAAGGUGUGGAUUGUUUAAGGGUUUUUUUUUUUUUUCCUUUUAACAAGGGCAAUUGGGGUAAAGGGGGAUAAGAAAGCCGCUAAUGCAACGGUUAGAAAUCUAGCAUUUGUCAAGAGUUCAGUGCACUUAGACUAAUGCAGUCAAAGUCGUGGGUGCAAUUGUAAAAGGGUUAUGAACUAUCAUGUGUUUGUUUGGUAUGAUUGGAUUUUUAAAUGAAAUUUUGUUUAUGAAAAUCUGAUCUAGAGGUUUUGUUUGUGAGAAUCUGUCUUUAAGAAUUUUGUUUAUGAGAAGUUGAAUAUGUUUGAUUAAAUGUUUUGUACAAGC